UUAGAUUCUGUGGUUUUCCUUCAAAGCUCAAACUUUUAAGUCAAAAGAGCGUGUCAAUUAGAAAAGCAAAAUAAUAGCCGGCGUUAUACUACUCUUGAAAAUAUUAUCUCUGUAAUAAACAUAAUCCUAUUAUUGCUGAAAUAAAUUAUUAAAAAAUGGCUGUUAACAGUGCCACGUCCUUUGUGUUAUCAUCGAUAUUAACACUUUUAAUAUUUUCUGGAAUGCAAAUGUACAAACCCAUUUUGGUCAAGUCUCCAAUUACGAUUAUAUUUGGAGGUUAUCUUGGUUCUUUGAUGUUUAUGUUCUUCGUAACCGCAGUUGGUAAUUUAGAGGCUACAUUGUUCGGAAAAAACUUUCAAUUGAAAUUACCAGAGAUUAUUUUGUCAAUGGCUAUAUCUUUAAUAGCAGCAGGAAUGGUUCACCGAAUUUGUUUCACGACUUGUUUGAUUUUUUCUCUCAUGACUAUUUAUUACAUGAAUAAGUUAUCACAGAAGACCUAUGCAACAGCAGUUCAACCUCCUGUACAAGCUAAAAGCCGCCGUCAUAAAUAAUUUGUACCUUACA